AUGGAUGACAAGGAAAUAGAGUUUUACAAAGAAGUUAAGGAGGAAGGGAGUAUCUGCACAUCCGAAUCCACGAAGGUUCCAAGAGUAGCGCAACCUAUGGUCAUCAUCUCGCGACUAAAGAAUGAUGAAGUGAGAACGCCAGUAAUCAUAAUAAAGAAACCUGUAACCUUUUCUUACCAAGAUAGUAGGAAGGUUCCGUGGAACUACGAGUGCAAUACAACUGUCCCUAGAAAGGAGAUUACAAAGGACCAGGGUGUGAGUGCCGAUCCAGAACCUGUGAAAAGAAGGGCCGUAACAGUGGAACAAAAAGCUGAGCCUGUGUUAUCUGUUAAUAAGCCAGUGAAAGCGGAGGAAGCUGUGGAAUUCCUCAAAUUUUUGAAGCAUAGUAAGUAUAAUGUCGUCGAACAGUUGCAUAAACAACCGGCUCUCAUAUCUGUACUAGCCUUACUCUUGAAUUCAGAAAUGCACCGAAGUGCAUUGAUGAAGGUGUUGAACGAGACCUAUGUGGCCAACAAUAUUUUUGUCGGUAAAUUAGAUCGGCUGGUCAAUAAUAUCAGUGGUGAUAAUUUCAUAUUCUUCAACGAUGAUGAGAUACCACCUGAAGGCAUGGGGUCUACUAAGGCUUUGCAUAUCACUACACGAUGCAAGGGGUAUACUUUGCCAGGUGUGUUAAUUGAUAAUGGAUCAGCUUUGAACGUGUUGCCAUUAUCCACACUUAACAGGCUUCCCAUAGACAGCUCGCACAUGAAAACAUGCCAAAACAUAGUGGGGGCGUUUGAUAGUACAGAAAGAAAGGUCAUGAGAAGAAUUGAGAUACCCUUAUUGAUUGGCCCAAAAAUUUAUGAGGUGGAUUUCCUUGUGAUGGACAUGAAACCCUCCUACAAUUGCUUAUUGGGGAGACCAUGGAUACAUUCGGCGAGGGCUGUGUCGUCAUCAUUACAACAGAAGCUAAAGCUAGUAUCAGAAGGUCGACUGGUGAAAAUAAACGCCGAAGAGGAUAUUAUAGCAGCUGUAUCUAAUGAGGCGCCAUACGUAGAGAUUAAUGACGAGUCGAUGGAAUGUUCUUUUCGAUCUCUGGAGUUUGUAAAUGCAACAUUUAUUCCUGAAGGGAGCAAGAUUCUAUUGCCUAAGAUUUCCAAAACUACGGAGAUGGGUUUGCAACUGUUGGUGGAGAAAGGAGCUUUACCCAGAAGAGGAUUAGGGAAAUAUCUUCAAGGGAAAACUGAGAUUCCAGUGCUAAAAGAGAAACAAGACAACUUUGGCUUAAGGUAA